ACUCAAAAAUAGAAAAUCUUUAUCCACACCUCAACCCCCCUUCACUGACUACUUUAACUUCACCCACUCCCCUUCAAUCAUCGGAACACACAGUGUGUGUGUGUGAUCGAGAACCCAAAAUGAGGGUCUUUCUUCUCUCCCUCCUGUUACAAUUACUAGCCACUUCCUCCGCCAUUAAAUCAGGCCGCUUGCCGGAGUUUCGAGCUCUGCUUUCCCUGAAAACCUCCAUUACAGACGACCCACAGUCUUCUCUUUCCUCAUGGAACAUCUCCACUAGCCACUGUACUUGGUUUGGCGUUACCUGCGACUCUCGACGUCGCGUCACCGCCUUAGAAAUCUCCGGUGUCAACAUCACCGGCGCUCUUUCCUCUGACAUUGGUAGCCUCCGCAACCUCGUUAAUCUCACUGUCGCUGCUAACAACUUUAUCGGACCUAUCCCACCGGAGAUUUCGUUAAUCUCUGGUCUUCGUGUUCUUAAUCUGUCAAACAAUAUCUUUAAUGAAACCUUCCCGCCGGAGCUCGCAACCCUUAAGCUUCUUGAAGUGCUUGACCUUUACAACAACAAUCUCACCGGUGACCUUCCUGUUGGCGUUUCCGAAAUGGCGUCACUUCGUCAUCUUCACCUCGGCGGAAACUACUUUUCCGGUGUUAUUCCACCGGAGUACGGCCGGUUUCCGUCACUUGAAUAUUUGGCCGUAUCCGGGAACGAGCUCACCGGUACUAUUCCGCCGGAAAUCGGAAACAUAACUACUCUUAAACAGCUAUACCUCGGUUAUUACAAUGGUUACUCCGGUGGUAUUCCUCCGGAAAUCGGUAACUUGUCUAACCUAAUCCGUUUCGACGCCGCCAACUGCGGUCUCUCCGGUGAAGUUCCUCCUGCAAUCGGGAAUCUUAAAAACCUAGACACGUUAUUUUUACAAGUAAACGGACUUUCUGGAUCUCUAACGAAAGAGCUUGGGACUUUAAUCAGCUUAAAAUCAAUGGAUCUAUCGAACAAUAUGUUCACCGGAGAGAUACCGGAGUCAUUCAAAGAGCUCGCCAACCUAACUCUUCUCAACCUUUUUCGAAACAAACUCCACGGUUCUAUACCGGAGUACAUCGGAGAGCUGCCGGAGUUAGAGGUGUUGCAGCUUUGGGAAAACAAUUUCACCGGCAGCAUUCCUCAAGAGCUUGGCAAGAACGGGAACCUACAGAUUCUCGAUGUGUCUUCGAACAAAUUAACUGGUUCGCUUCCUGUUAAUUUGUGUACAGGUAAUAAACUCGAAACCCUAAUCACUUUAGGGAACUUCUUGUUUGGGCCUAUUCCAGAAUCUCUGGGUGAAUGUCAAUCGUUAAGUCGAAUCCGAAUGGGAGAGAAUUAUCUAAAUGGUUCGAUUCCGAAAGGGCUUUUUAGUUUGCCCCAAUUGUCACAGGUCGAACUUCAAGACAAUCUCCUCUCCGGUGAGUUUCCGGUGACAGAUUUUGUUUCGGGCAGUCUCGGUCAGGUUAGCCUGUCCAACAACCACCUCACCGGUCAAUUACCGGCUUCCAUUAGUAACUUGACCGGCGUCCAGAAGCUUCUGCUUGAUGGCAAUAAGUUCACCGGAGCCAUUCCACCAGAAAUAGGUCAACUCCAGCAGUUGUCGAAGAUUGAUUUCAGUCACAAUAGUUUCUCCGGCGAGAUUACACCGGACAUCAGUAAGUGUAAGCUUUUGACAUAUGUCGAUCUUAGCCGGAAUCAGUUCUCCGGUGAAAUCCCGACUCAAAUCACAGGUAUGCAUAUCCUCAAUUACUUGAAUCUCUCCCGAAAUCUUCUCGUGGGGACAAUUCCAACCUCCAUAUCAUUAAUGCAAAGCUUGACCUCCGUCGAUUUCUCCUACAACAAUCUCUCCGGCCUUGUUCCCGGCACCGGUCAGUUCAGUUACUUCAAUUACACUUCAUUUUUGGGGAAUCCCGAUCUGUGUGGACCUUAUUUAGGUCCAUGUAAAGAUGGCGCCAUGAACAACACUCAUCAAAAACAUUCAAAAGGACCACUCUCAUCUUCCGUCAAGCUUCUUCUCGUCAUCGGAUUACUCCUCUGCUCUAUCGCAUUUGCCAUUGCGGCCAUUCUCAAAGCUCGAUCCAUCAAAAAAGGAAACGAAGCUCGAGCAUGGAAGCUCACAACCUUCCAACGCCUUGACUUCACCUGUGAUGACGUUCUCGAUAGCCUGAAAGAAGACAACAUCAUCGGAAAAGGAGGCGCCGGAGUCGUUUACAAAGGCGUCAUGCCAAACAACGAACACGUCGCUGUCAAACGGUUACCCGUCAUGAGCCGUGGUUCAGCUCACGACCAUGGAUUCAACGCUGAAAUCCAAACCCUAGGUAGAAUCCGACAUCGCCAUAUCGUGAGAUUACUAGGGUUUUGCUCAAAUCAUGAAACGAAUCUUCUGGUUUACGAGUAUAUGCCUAAUGGAAGUUUAGGAGAAAUGCUUCAUGGCAAAAAAGGUGGCCAUUUGCAUUGGGACACGAGAUAUAAAAUCGCAUUGGAAGCAGCAAAGGGUCUCUGCUAUCUCCACCAUGAUUGCUCGCCAUUAAUCCUCCAUCGUGAUGUCAAAUCCAACAACAUACUCUUGGAUUCCAAUUUUGAAGCACAUGUCGCCGAUUUUGGGCUCGCAAAGUUCUUACAGGAUUCCGGCACCUCCGAAUGCAUGUCCGCCAUUGCCGGUUCUUAUGGAUAUAUCGCACCAGAGUACGCAUACACGCUAAAGGUUGAUGAAAAGAGUGAUGUGUAUAGUUUUGGUGUGGUUCUUUUGGAACUAGUAACCGGUAAAAAACCAGUUGGUGAAUUUGGUGAUGGGGUCGAUAUUGUUCAAUGGGUAAGAAAGAUGACCGAUGGCAACAAAGAAGGUGUUUUAAAAAUCAUGGAUACAAGAUUAUCAACUGUCCCGAUUCAUGAAGUGAUGCAUGUGUUUUACGCCGCCAUGUUGUGUGUUGAAGAACAGGCGGUGGAACGCCCGACUAUGAGAGAGGUUGUUCAGAUCUUGACGGAGCUUCCAAAACCACCACCAUCUGCCGCCACCACUGCCUCCUCCACGGAUCCAUCAUCUCCGGUGGAUGUGGAGGUGGAGAAGAAAGGGGAAGACAAGUUGGGUGACCUUUUAAGUUUGUGAAAUUGGGGAUGUGGAAUUUAAGUGUUUGUUGCUUAAGUUUUAUGGAUUAAAGUAAUUGGGUAAUUUAGGUUUGUUUUAUUUAUUAUAUAUUUAUUUUGGGGUUAAAUUAUGGUUUAUUGUUGUUGAAGUGUUUAAGAGUGGUUUGGAGGUGAUUUAUGUAUAGGAGCAUUGGUUGGGGGGUUUGAGUUAAUGUUAGAAUUGGAGGUGUAUUUUCAUGAUCAUUAAGUUAAUUAAAAUCAUAUGAAUAUGGUAUGGUGUUUGAUAA